AUGAGAAAUUUUAUUACACUUGAAGAAAAAGGAAGUGUUCGUGAAUUUAUUGCCAAUGAUUUAAACAAUGCUGGUUUACGCAUUGAUACAAAUAAAUAUCGUAAUAUUAUUAUUAAUCAACUAUCACCUCAUAUAACAAAUAAUCUUAAACAACAACAACAAGGUUCACGUGUAUUUAAUGUACCACUUCAUCAAAUGGAUACAAUAUCAGUAAAAAUAGAUAAUUUUGAUUUAACAGUACCGAUAUUUUUACGUUGGUGUUUUGAUUGUAUACGUCGUUCAAUAAAACAUGAAGGUCUUUUUCGAAAAUCCGGUGGAUCUCAACGUGUUAAAGAACUUAUGGCUCGAAUUGAAGAUGGUCCAUUAACACCUAGUUUAUCACCAUCGAAUACAGUAUUUGAUGUUUGUUCAUUAUUUAAAGAAUUUCUCCGUCGUCUUACAUAUCCAUUAAUAACAUAUCCAUUACAAGAUCUUUUACUUGAUUGUUUUUCUAUGCGUUCAUUAACAUUAGAUAAAAAAAUUGAUAUGUAUCUUAAUAUUCUUCUACUUUUACCCGAUGAACAUUUACAUACACUUAUAUAUAUAUUAAGAUUUUUACAUGAAAUAACAUUAAAUGAACGUGAUAAUAAAAUGAAUGCAAAAAAUUUAGCUAUUUGUGUUGGUCCUGGUAUAAUGCGUACAAUUAUUGAAGGUAAAACAAAUAUAAUGACAGAACAAUGUGCAACAAGUGUUAGUGAUAUUGUUGAAACAUUAAUAAUUAAUUCAACAAAACUUGGUUAUAUUACUGAAUCAAUAUAUGAACGAUCACAAAUGCUUUUAGAAAUGCGACAAAAAGAAGUUAUAUCAAAUUCAGAUGAAAGUUUUGCUAUUGAAAAUGGUAUUGAUAAUGGUAUUAGUAGUACAGGAAAAAUUAAUGAUCCAACCAAUGCAAAAAAACGUCGUAGUGGUUCUGUUAAAGAAUUUCUUGUUCAUAUGACAAAUCGACUUCGUCGUCGAUCUGGUUCAAAUAAUGAUAGUCGAGAUCAAACAAAUGCAUUUCUAGAUCAAAGUGGUAAAUUAUCAUCAUCACAUACACGUGAACAUCGAUAUCAUUAUCAACAAAAUAGUAUAAGUGGACAUUGUUUAUCAUCAUCAUCAAGUUCAACAACGACAACAAAACGAAAAUCAAGUGAUGAUCCAAAUGGUGGUAAUUCAAAACGAGGUAAAACAAAAACAACUCAAGAAAAAUCAUCCUUACCCGAUAUCAAUCGUUUUACAAGUCCAAUAACAGCAUUUCGUCGGAAGAAGAAAACACCUGGUAGUAGUAAUGAUCCAGGUUUUCCAUUUAAAAUUGAACAUUCACAUUUACCACAACUACUUCAUUUUACUGAUGAAGUUCCAUUACGUUUUACAAAUGCUGUUAUUAAUACAGCUUCAUCAUCAUCAUCAUCGUCAUCAACAACAACACCAAAUGGUUCAAUAACAACAUUAACAUCAUCGAUUGUCAAUAAUAAUUCAUUUGUUCUAGGUGCACUUCAACCAUCAACAAUGAUUCCAUCGGAAACACAACCUUCAUUAUUAACAAAUCCAACACCAGCUGCAUGUAUUAAUAAAUCUCUUGAUGCAAAAAAACUUAAUCUAUUAGAUUCAUGGAAAUGGCCAAAAUCGAGUCGAAAAGCCGAACGAAAACCUCUUGUAGCUAUUCAUGCACCUAUGUUACUUUCUUCAGCAGUUGGUUCAUCAUCUCUUUCACAAUCUCCUCCAUCACCAAUAAAACCAAUAAAUGGAUCAAAUUCAUCAUCAUCAUCAUCUCAACAAAUAGGAGGUAGUUCUUCAAUAAUGCAUUCAAGUUUUGGUGUACCACGUCGUCAUUCUGAUGAUGUUGUUAGUACAUCAUUAUCAACAACAGCUUAUCGUCCACGUCGUUCAAUAUCAUCAAGUGGUGGUCAACAACAAACACGUCAUAUUGUUUGUAUGCUUAAUAAUUAUUCUCAUUCAUUAUCAUCAAAUCAACAACAAAAUACAAGUGAUGAUGAUGAUGAUGAUAAUAAUAAUGAUGAACAAACACAAAAUAUACAAUCAAUACCAAGUAAUCUCAAUUUAACACAAGAAUCAUUUGAUGAUGAAGAUGAUAUAUCAAAUGAACUUAAUUUAGCUGUUGUUGUUGGUAAUGAAGAUGUACAAUCAUUACGUGCAUAUUCAACUGAACAAACAAAUCAAGAUAAUGGUUCACUUAAUGUUGCAUUUAUUGAUGAAACAGAUAUUGAACGACAAAAAAUUCAUGAACAACGUGAUCAAUCAAAUGCAAUGGAUAUACCAAAUAAUGAAAAUGAUACAUUAUCACAAACAAUUAUUGCUAAUUGUGAACAACAAUCAAUUGAAAUGCAAGAUAUAUGUCAAACAAAUGAUCUUGAUGAUAUUUUACGACGAAAUGAAAAUCGUUGUAUUCGAUUAACAGAUUCAGAUGAUGAAGAACAUGUUAAUUUUAGUUUAUCAAUGAAUCGUAUAACACCACCAAGAAUUAAACAAGAUGAAUUAAAAUCAACAACACCAAAAAUGCCUGUUCGUUUAUCAUCAUCAAUAUCAAAUUUAAUAUCAACAAGUUCAUUAACAUCAAUAUGUAAAGAACGAUCAUUAUCAUGUUCAUUAUCACAAACAACAAAUGAAUUAUUUCAUUCAAAAAAUCUUGGAGAAAACGACGAGAAUAUUGGUGUACUCAAUGGUGGUCGAGAAAGUAUUCUUCAACUUAAAGGUGAAUUAGCUGGUCGUGUUUUAAGACAAGUACGAGCUUUUGAACAACGUUCAUCAGAAAAUAUACAAAAUCGUUCGAUUGUACCAUCAUGUACAUCAGUAUUAUCAUUACAACAAAAAUUACAUGAUAAUAAAAAUAUUUUAACAAUGAAAUCAUUAUCAACAUUAUCAUCAUUAACAAUAAUGAAUACACCUGAACAAAAUCUUAUUGAACAAGCAUUAAAAAAUUCAAAUAAAAUAAUUUCAUCGUCGAAUGGUACCGGUGAAGUAACACGUUCAGUAAAACGUUUACAAAAUACACCAAUACGACGAUGGAAAGAACGUGCUAGAGAAUUUGAACGACGUCAUCAAUUAACACCACCAUAUCGUUUAUUAAAUAGAAAACGAAAAUGA